AUGCCCUUCCUUGCCUGCGGCCCGGCUGCCUGCUCCCGCUCAACCCCUCGACAAGCACCCAAUCCUUUCGCCCUCAAUUCCGCUCUGCGUCACACUUUGGAACACAAUUCCUCUCUCAAGAUAGACGAGUCAAGUGGGCACGCAGAAACAAAGAUGCGAGAGGGUCUGGGUGCGGCUUUCGGAAAGCCACCCCUUCCCCAUCGGUCGAGGAUGAAGUCCAAGAGGCUCGAUAACAUUGAUCGACCGAGCUUGGACUCCUCGGACAGGGCUGCUGGCGGCUGGCCGAAGAAGAUAUCUCUCUAUGGUCAUCGUGGUCAUCGGUGGCGAGCGCUCGUCGCAGAACGCGAAACAUACGGCGAGGAAGACCUUGAGACUGUCCGGCAAGCUCACGCCUAA